CUUUCCCGGCCCCGGGGGGAAGGGGGAGGCUCCCCCGAGGGCCCCGCAUCCUGCCUGAGGGGUGGUUGGGGGGUGGCAGCCGCUCUCGCCCCUUUGUUUGCGGGCGCCGCGUUGCGCGCUGCUGCGCCCCCGCCGCCCUCCCCAGUCCCGGGUGAAAAAUCCCAACCAUGACCAGCAGUGCACCACGCCUGCCCGCAAAGCUGACUUGCCUAGAAGUGGAAUGUAGUUUCCUGACAGGUCUUCUUAUGAGGAAGUUGUAAAUCCUUUGUAAUGGCCAACAAGAAAGAGCCUCCUUUUUUCAAUGAAGAUAAUAUGGGACCGUUUCACUACAAGCUUCCUUUUUAUGAAACUAUGGAGCUCUUCAUUGAAACACUCACAGGAACGUGCUUUGAACUGCGAGUUUCCCCCUUUGAAACGGUUAUUUCUGUGAAAGCUAAAAUUCAAAGACUGGAAGGUAUUCCUGUAUCUCAGCAGCACUUAAUUUGGAAUAAUACAGAACUGAAGGAUGACUGUUGUUUGAAUGACUAUAACAUUUCAGAAGGCUGCACACUGAAGUUAGUUCUGGCUAUGCGAGGUGGACCUAUUAAUACUAGAAGAGUUCCUGUGGAAGACCCUAUCAGGGAAAUGGCUGAAUAUAUGGAUCCUAUUAGAGAUGAGAUAUGGGAGAAAGGGUCAUCCAACAAACAGGUUACUUUCUUAGUAUAUCGAGAAGGAGAUCAGUUGAAUUUCUUCCGUGUGGUAGACCGGGGAGAUGGCACUUUAACACCAUUAUCUGAAUCUUUGAGUGGUAAUUCAGUUUAUAAUUUAUAUGCUGACGAUGAAGAUGAGACAGAGGCAUCACCUUCUGGCCAACAGAUUAUUGAGAAUUCAAUUACUAUGAAUAAAAUGAAACUGCUCAAGGCAAAGAUGGAGAACAUGAAUCUGAGUAAAAAGCCUAAGAAAACUGUCAAGGUGAAACCUCGUCCUCCAGUGGCUCCUCGACCAUCUGGUGGCUCAGUGGCUGCUGCUCGUCACCGUUUUUUACGAGUGCUCCCCCAUAUCGGACAGUCCUGUCUACCUCCUCCUGGGAAUUCAUAUCCCUCAGAGUCUUCCCAAAACGCACUUUCAGCAUUGACUACUUUGGCCACUGCUGGUAGAACAAUGCCAUCUACAACGACUGACUUUCUUAAUGAAGAUGACACUUGGCAGAGCAACUCUUGGUCUCAGUCAGUUAGUAGCAUCAGGUUACCACCGAAAAUAUCUCGUGUCGAACUAGAAAAUGCAAAACUACCUACAAGUAGCAUUCUGACUCCUGUUUCAUCUCUGCCUGCAAAUUCAGAAAAAACAUCUGAAAAUGUGACCUCAGCAAGUGAGGAGGACCCUGUUUUGUUUCCAAAUCUAGCAAAUAUAGAACUGUAUGGAACAGAAGAAAAACUUCUACCUGAAACAGAUGCUUUUGCUUUGUUAACAGAGACAAGCACCACUGAUAGUGAGAUAUAUGACAUAGGAAAGGUAAACCCAGAACUGGAACUGUCUGAUGGAGAUGAAGAAUCUAAGGUUGUAGAACAGCGUAGAAAACCUGUUAGCAAAGUGCUGAGCACUGCAGCAAUGGGGGCUGGUCUUCUCAGUACUCGUGAAUUAAGUCCUCAGAAAAAUCUGCUUUUGUCACCUCUACGGUAUUCAGCACAAGUGGCACGUCACAGUUCUCUGAAACCACAAACACAACCCAAAUGCUUUGAGGCUGGUAACUUGAGAUCUACAGCCUCCCCAAACGUGCUUCGAUCGCUGGAAGUCCGUAGUAUAGCAGACUCCUCAUUUUCUAGGACUACUAGAUUUCGUAGCGUCAAGGUAGAGUCACUUGGCAAAAGACCUGAUUUAAUUUCUAAAGCAGAGGCUAGGGACAUCACAGAUGUGGCUCACAAGGCAUCCAAAGAACCUGUGAGUUCUGGAAGUAGCUUAGGAUUUCUAGCUUCGCUGGCCCGAAGCACAAACAGGGAAAGUUUACAGAGUUCCUGUGGGACAGGCAGAUUUCGGACUUCUGGUAUUGCACUACCUACAAACCUGCAGCAUUUUCAGGAAGAAAGCAUUAGGAAAACUGCUCCUCCAAGUGAAGCUGCUGAAUAUAUUCUAUCUGCGCAUGGGCUUGGAAUGAAUGGAAGUAUUGCAGCUGUAGGGAAAAGAGUAGCAGGUGAAGCAACUCAUCUUCCACCUGUGAAUGGCUCAGUUCAAGCAAAAAAGAAAAUUACAAAGCAUUGCUUUCUUUGUGGCAAGAAAACUGGAUUGGCAACCAGCUAUGAAUGCAGAUGUGGAAACAACUUCUGUGCAACGCACCGCUAUGCAGAGACUCACACCUGCACCUACGACUAUAAGAGUGCAGGGCGAAGGUAUUUGCAGGAGACCAAUCCCGUCGUUAGUGCACCUAAACUUCCCAAAAUCUAACAUGGUUGUGCUGCAUGUGGCUGUUCUGCCAUUGAAGAAUUGUAUUACAUUGAGAGAAGCACUUGCUUAAACUGUGUAAUUUUGCCAUGCUCCGUAUUUAAAGAUUUCCAAGUAACAAAAGCACAUGAGGAUGCAUCCUAUUGAAGGAUAAUGUGAACACUACUGCAGUUAAAACUUUUCUUCAUUAGUGAAUGAAAAGUUAAAAUUACUUUUGAAAAACUUACACUAUGAUUUAACUGUUACUGCACGUCUUGUGUUGUGUUUUAUAUUUGGAAAAGCUAUUUCACUAGACAAGUCUUUAAAAGAUGCACUUUACUAACUUUAUUUACUGUAUAACCAGACUUGAGGGGUUGUUGUAAUGAGGGCAUCAUAUAAUGUCUUCUGUACUCUUGCGUUUUUUGUCCAUUGUGUGGUAUCUUCUAAGUUAUUUCACUAAAGAUCUUCCUCCCGCUCCUUUCUUCAAACAGCCUAUUUUGAGAUUUUUAAGGGGGUAGUGUGUCCCACUCCUCUGUUCCAUUCAGAUUGAUAUUCAUACAAUUUGUAUACAUUCUGAAAGUUACAUAUCACAUUAAUCACAUUUUCUUGAAAUAGUACUGUUUAUAUGACAAGUUUGUUUUUAAAUAGAAAGUUCCCCCUUUGUUGCCAUUAAAUAUAAGGAACAACUUAUUUUAACUUUUUUGUAAUCCUAAAUUUUUUUAAGACUUCACAACUUGGUUUGUUAAGAUGUUGAAUGCUGUUACUGGAAGAAAUUCUAAUAAAUAUUCAGUUUUAUUCUGGUUUAUGCUCUUCUAAAUGCACAAAAUAACUUUUCCUGUCUUACAGCGUGCUCCUAAAUUAAAAGUGGGGCUUUGUUAUAGGGGAGAGGGUUUUUUUUUGUUUGUUUGUUUUUUCCAGAAGCACUGGUUUGUAUAUGUUCCUGCUGAAGUCUGUGGGGAAAGUUCCCACUAGCUUCCUUAGGAAUAGUGUGACCAACGCUGUACGCUUUAAAUAAACCUCCUGCACUCCUGCAGAUGGACUAGCAAAGGCAGAAUGGGUGUUAAACUAAUGGGAUGUGUUAACCUGCAGCCUUUCUCCCCUCCAGCUAAUAUUGUACAAAGGCAGUUCGGUACUUGGAUGAGACGCCUCUAGUGAGCGUGCAGCUACUGCAGAAAGUGACGUUGGAGGAAUAUACCUACUGAAAGCUUUUCCUUUUUCAUUCUGUCUAUGUGUUUGACAUCUUUUUAUAAACCUGUGUUGCCUCAGGUGUUGUAGUAUAAACAGAUUAAUAAAAAACCUACAACAAACCACACAAACAAAAGAAGCUCCUCCACAUUGUAUCUAUACAAUUGAAUAUUCUGGCCCCUUUCUUGCCAGAAUCCUCAGUUACGUAUUAAAAUGAUCUGUGCUGCAUUCCAGUCAAACAUUAGUGGCUGAUGAGCAUAGCAGUCAAAAGAAGGGCCAGAAAAAAUAUCACUGGAAGGGAAAGAAGUAACUUGAAAUUCUCACCCUUGGAGGAAAUCAAUUUCAUGUAAUGUUACUGCAACUUCUUAAGCCUUCUGGAGAUUUCAGAAACUGGCGAGCUCCUGGGAAAAACAUCGCAAGAUUAUUCAUCUGGGCAGUGAUAAGGUAAAAAUGUUAAUUCUGCAUGUAUGAACUCUAGGCUCAUUCUUACUGGUCAAAGUUGCACCUGGUAUGAAGAACACAUCGUUGUUGAGCAGUGAUAGGAACUGUAAACGUACCAGUGGUUUAUUUCAUCUCCAGCAUGGGACAAUAUUUAAUGCUGAAGGAAAAAUAUUGCAAAGAACAAGGCAAAUGUAGUAGUGUUUUCCCAACAGUUACUUAUUUGUGGCUCAGUAGGCUUUUGAAGGCAGUGGUAUUUGGUUUGUAGGUACAGUAGAGAUUUGGUAACAAGUGGGAGUAAAAUAAUAUCGGCUGUCAUCACUUUAUCUGAUUUUGCAUUCGUAUAAUUUUCAGCAAAUUAUUUUGCAGUGCAUUGGAAUGACAAUACUCAAAUUAGUAAGACCAUGUAACUGAGAUGUGUGGCAGGUAGUCUGAGUUAAGUCUCACUUGUGGCUCUCACUGUUGGCAUAUGCAUAAUGAACUGUGGAACAAUACUUUUUAGACAGUACAAUGUAGUAAUAAUAACUUUUACAUGUGUAGCUUCUCAUAAUUUUUAUUAUGCCUCAUUUUGAUUAUACCUAAUACAAACAUCUCUUGUGCAGAACUCUUCUGAUUUUGUUCUCAUCUCCUGUACUGUUACAGGCACUUUUAUUUUAAACCAGAAGUACAGCCCUAAGAGCGGUGUAGUUCAGUGGAUUAGUUGCUGAUGUAGUAUGCAAUCAUGUUUUACGUAAUCCUGUGUUAGACUGUGCUAGGGAUUAAUUACUGUUUGCUGUGUAAACUUACUUAAAUAGUUUCUUUUUCUGACCAGUAGUAAGUGUACUCUGGUGCUGUGCAUCUGCUGUAGGCAAAUGUUUAGCUUUUGUGUAUUUGCUCAUGUAAUUAGAUAGUAUCAUAAAGCAUUUAUAUAAUGGAAGUUCAACAACGAGUUUGACAUGUUCUUCUCUACCAUCCUUAAAUUUUGCAUGCUGCUUUUAUGCUUGAUGACCUGAGAGGCAUAAACAGGCUGGUCUCAUGUUGAAUGACCUCCAGGAUUCUUCUGUCAAAUUGAUAAGUGCCACAGAGGUGUCAGAAAUUAUUUUGGAUCUUGAAUUUAACAUUUGAUUUUUCUGAAAUCUCUUUAAGGCUGAAAUGAUAAACAUCUGUUUGCUUGCAAUUCCCAUCUGUAUUCGGUUUGCAGUCCCCUGGGAUAUAAUUGCACUGGUGCUUUCAGUUGUUGACAAAGCUAAAACUGUUAAUGCUUUAUAUUACAAAAAUGAAGUCUUUCCAGCUUUUUUUUUGCAUAUCCUGAAUUAGACGCUGUGGUUUCUUUUCAAAUACUUACAACUUUCUUAAUGGGGCACCAUCUUCUGGGUGUAAAUUGUGGGUUUGGAGUUGGUUGUGUCUGCAAGGAGUUGCUUUCUACCUGGAACUUUUGUUUUGGGUCAUGCUUUUCCAAUUUUAAUGUAAAUCGGGUUAAUCUUGAAAUGCAUUUGAUGCUUUCAUUGGUAUCUGUUAGCACUGAGCCACAGUUGCUAGUGUGAGGACAUUCAUGAAACUAAGAAAGCCAUGUGAAGCUAUGGGACAGUUGUGUGAGGCUGCGCUGCUUCCAAUUGCUGUAGUUCUUACCCUGAUUUCAGUUUGGGUUAGUUCUCCAGUGUUUGUAAUGGUUGUAGUGUUGAGUUAAAAACAGUGGGGGGGGGGAAAGGUAAUCCUAUAGUUAUUGACAUUUAAAGAUGGUCUAAGGAAAAAAUCAUAGUAUGUGCUCAAUACAAAGAUGAAUUCAGGCUGUUUCUUGUGAAGCAAGUAUGUUUAGAGGCAUUGCAAUAUUGUGGAUGGUAAAUCUUGUUUUUUAAUAGGUAGAACUGUUACUGUGCCCUUUCUCAACAGAAGCGUGCCAAAACAGUCUCCUGCUCCCCUUAGCUGGUUUCAAUUCCUAGUUUAUAGUCGAUGUUUUUAAGGUUGCUUAUGAGCACUAUUGAGUGUUAUAAGCAUAUCUGUGCACUGGUAAAGGGACGUUCCUUCUCACACUAUUAAUUUUUAUUUUUCUUUUCUCUACACGCACUGAUCAAAUAUACAAAUCAUAGAUUUUGCAAGCAAAACUUUUUAACUAAUCAGGCAUGUUGUUCUACUCCUUUUGUCAGAAAAGAGCAAUUACUUGAUAAAGGAGAGUCGUGUUUCAACUAUAGUGUGUUCCACGAAGGCCGUGAGAUGUCAGUGGAGGCCCCAAUCUGAGAGCAAAUUAGGGAUAAAUCAGUCAACCAUGGGGACAGAACUUUCUAAUGAGUCUUAAGCUAUUGCUGGUUUUCACCUAUUUUAUAUUCCUAGCCUGUCUUUAUUUCCCGAUCAGUGAAAAAUUGAUUCCUUUAUUGACCAGGUAGCCUUGUUGAGCAGAGUAUUCCAGCAAGCUGGUCAUUGUUCUCCCUAGUUGUUUGGGUUUUUUUACUGUGGGGUGGAUGCUCGCCUUAUGUUUCGUUUUGAGAGAAGUCCAGCACUCCCUUUUUAUUAGAAUUUACAGCCACAGGUUAAAUAAGGGAUCCUAUAGGACCUCCUGAGACCUAUAGGAUUUUUCAUGAUGAAUCCUUCCAUCUGAUAAGAUUUUCACUAAGACUGCUGUGUGAUUAAAGAACAAGUUGUACUUCAAAGCCUUUCUGUUCUUUCAAGAACGAUGUGCCAGAUUUUCUCUAUAUUUCUGUCUCAAAAGAUGAAACCACAUCAUCCAACCACGUGCGGAUUGACUCCUUCAGCCAAGUUCUUUCCCGCAGCUAGCUAGCUCCAUGAAUAAAAAAACUAAUUGUAACCAUUUUCCCUUGGGACUGCUAGCUAUAUCUUAUUAGAAGGGCUCAAAGGCAGUUGUUUCAAAGCCAUUAAGUGUCAAAAGGAAUGCAGUAGCUAAGAAAGCUGCAGAAUCCAGCGUGCAUCUUCCCUAUCAAUACAUGUAUCUCUAUGUAUAGCUUAGAAGCUUCUUACUCCAGGAAUCUCUUCUCCCUAUUACAGACACAUACAUGCAGUGGCUGGGAGACUUUGCAGUUUCAGGUCUUUUGUGUGUCAGUCUUGAUCUGCUUCAUCUUUUUUGUCAGUGAGAGUAAGACGGCUAUUUCCCAGUUUACUGCACUGAAGACAUAGUAACUUGUUAAUUUGAAGCAAUGUCUCUGGCGGUGUUCAGUGCAAGAGAGAGGUUUCUUCUGCAAUAUCCUACUGGAAUGAGGCUUGUCUAGUAAUUAGAUUUAUUUUUUUUUAGGAAUUAUUAUGAACAUCAGUCUGCAAAAGAACUGCAUCUAGAAGUGUGGUCUGCUAGUUUGUGCGUCACUUCUUCGUGGCAGAGGACUUGAGGCAUUAGCUUUCUGUGUGAUGUUGCAGAGAAGGAACACCGGGGGGCAGCAGAGACGGUUGAGAAUGGCAAAAGUUUUGGGGUUGUCCAAUAAUGAGAUUUACGAAGAGUACCACAGAUAAAGAAAUUUCCACAGUUUUCCUUAUGAUCCUUAUUCAGCCCAUUCUGAACAGAUCUGUGGAGGUCAGCAACAGGAUGAAAAGAAUGGAAGAGUGCCUCAAAAAUGUAUGAUUAUAUGCUGGGGUUUAUGUUGUUAACUAUUAUAUAAUCAUAAUGUAUUGCAGAACAGAGAACCUGCUUUGGUCCUGUAAGUAUGAAUUUCAGAGCUGUCCGCUAGCUAGAUUAUGCUGGAUGCUCUAUAUGUAGUAAAAAUAUUACCUGUCCCCAUAACUUCAUGCUGUGAAAUGAGAAAUACUGUUUUCUUAUCAGUACAGGGUGAGGAUAAGAAAAUAUAAAUUUAGUGGUGUGUGAGGAGUAUACAAGAGUAACUGCUCAAACUGACUACUCCUUGCUACUUAUCCUUUCUGGCCUUGCGAUUCAAGACACUUUACAUGUCUUCAGCGACAGAAGUUGAUUGCUAAACCACACUUCAAGGCUAUUUUCAAUCCAGUCUUUAGUAGGGCUGACUAUUAUAUAAAACUCUGUGUGUGUGUGUAUGUGUGUAUGAAAUAGUAUGAUUUAUGUAGUAUGUGAUCAAGAAGGUUAAUGAGUUGGAAAUAAAACCACUAAGGUUUUCUAAAAGGAGAAAUCAUGAGUUUCUUCUUCCUCUGUGUGUUUGGUUGAGGUUUUUUUAGCAGAUGACUAUGAUUUAAAAAAAAAAAAAGUUCUGUUUUUUUCUCCCUUCUAGCCAUAAACUUAACAUGCAGGCAGUCUCUUUAUUUUACCUGAACAGAUGUCAUUAAACAGUAGACCUGGAUCUAUUUUGCAUUAAUCUAAUUUGUACUUCAUGUCACAUGUUGGAACUGUUACCCAUAGUGGGCCAUAUUUGGCAUCUGAUUGUGGUUUGCUGAAAACCUUUAUUGGCCAGUGCAAAGUUACAAUACAGAGAUAUAAUGAAAUACCUUUGUUUUUAAACAUGAUCUUGAGGCUGAGAGUUGAGUGACAGGAUUUCUUCUUAGCAUUGUCUGCCUUGCCAGUGAUAUAUAGUUUUCUCUAGGGAAACAUAGGGCUCAUCAAAAUAGCUUGGAUUAGCUCAACAUCCAUCCAGUCCAGCAUCUGUCUCUGAGAACAGGAGGUAACAGACGUUUCAGAAGAAGGUGCAAAAAUUCUUGUGUAACUGAGUGUGCAGAAAUGUGUUUCCAACACAGGAUCUUGCCUUUUAUGCUAGCGACUGGCCUGCAUUGUGAAGAACUUGCUUUUUCAGUGUACAGUGCAAUUUGGAGGCCCACAAAGGCCUAGAACUAUUUUUGAAGCUUGAUAGAUUCAGUCUUACUUCUACAUACGUGUAGUGGGAAAAGCAUUUUCUUUCACUGUAGUUUUGAACUUUCUAACGUUUUUUAAUUGAAAUUCAUUUAGUCUAGUGUUAUGAGAAAUGGAGAACAGUGUCUCCUGAACACUCAGCAAGUUCUGUGUUUGUAUCACAUCUCUUACUCAUAUUUUUAUGAUAGCAAUUCACUGUCUUUGUUAUUCCAGUGCCUUAAUAAUGCUUGCUGUCCUCUGAAUCUCCUCUAAUUUUGCAGUAUACUUUCAGAGAUCCUUCUGUCUUCUUCAGUUCUCUGGUUCCUAUUUUCCUGUUUUGUGUAUUUAGCUUUAAGCAGCUCAAGGUACUGUUAAAAUUGAAGCCUCUAAAAUUGUGAUUAAAAUAAUAUCUGGUAAGAUAUGCCUAGGCUGCUUCUGGCAGAGGUCCUAUAGAAGUGCUUAGUAUUAUUAAUCAGUCUGUACUCUGGACAGAUAUGAAUAUCAAUAGUUAAUGUAUGAGGAGAAAAUGUAGGAGAGCUCUGUGAGAGGAACAUCUAGCUGGGUUCAGCACAGUAGCUCUGCUUAUGAGGAAGAUGAUGCCUGGGUUUUGCUGCACGGAAACAGGCUGCCUAUUCUUACGUCUUCACCAUGUUGGAUGAACGCAAUCUAUUUCUUGCAGUGGGAAGAGUCAGUGCUGAAAUACCGAAUGUGAAGAGGUAGGUUCAGAAAAUGUCUUUCCUUUUCUAAAUAUUUGGGUUUGGGAGGAGUAAGUUAAUAUAACUUUCUCUAUACUCCUUGAUGGUCCAAGUAACCGACCUGUAAGUGCAGCACAACAGCCAAAUUCUUUUUCCAAGUUCUCAUCAAUAGAGGAGGAAACUUCGUUUUUGCAAAGCAGAGGAAGAAAAUGGUGAGCUGUAGUCCCAGCUGCAGCACCACCUAACCUCUCAAGAUGCGUCACUUGUUAUUGAGCUUCACUUUUUUCCUAAUGGUACAUAUCCUGCCUUGAAUCGGACAUUAAAUUUACUGGGUACAAAGAAGGGACUGUGGUACAGAGUUCUUUGUUUUAUAUGGGUCCUAAAUGACCUGCAGUGCUAUAAGCCUCAAUCAAGUGUGACACUUGAAUGUUGUUGAUUGGAUUUUCCUUAGAGUCAGUUCACACAUAGCUGGACAACUAAUUUUAUCUAGAGAAAUUACCUUAAAAGGUCCAUUUGUUGUAUUUGCCAACCCUUUCCAUAGUUUUGAGACUCAAUUAUGAGAAGAUCCCUGUUAACGCUUCUAUAGAAGAUGGCCUUUAUGAGGCCUGGGUUAGGCUUUAUCACUGCAAAAGCCUAUCUGCUUUGAGACAUAUUCAAAGCUCUAUCCAAUCUUGCUCUUCAGAGGCACCCUCACAUGACUGUGAAGGGUUGCAGAAUUCUGCUGGGAUGUGCAGUCUCAGAUAUGGGUUUUGAAUGAUCUCAUCCAAGUGUUUUUCCAAGGGCGAGCUUUAGUAAAAUGUAUUUACUUCAAUGCUAAUUUAUGUCCUGCAUAUGAGACUGCAGAAAGUCUGAUAAAUUUCAGGCACUUUGGAAAUACACGUUACUAUGUCUGCAAGUCUCCUACUUGGAGCUCUGAUGGUAAAACUUUCUGGUAAAAACUACUUUGAACAGUGCAUUCUGCUGAGUUACUGCUUGCAAGGCAACAAAAAAUGGAGCUGAAAAAGAUAAAUUAUCUGAGAAAGAAGAAUGGUUUAUUUUACAGUGACUGCAACUCUUUGGAUAUGUUGCAUAUAAAUAUUUGAUGAGUAGCCUUACUUCUGGACUUAGGUUCUUCUCCCUUAUCUCACAAAUAAAAGGUCAGUGAUUUAACGCUGUAUCGUGCUUGUUUAGUGUUGCAAUAUCUUUCAGGUGCCUGCCAUGCAAUUCUCAUGCAUCAUACAGCUUUUUCUUUCAUUCAUUUCUAAGCUAUUGCCAUUUACUCUAGCAGACUACAGUUUUCAGACAAUGGGCAUCUUUCAGUGGUCACGUGUCUGAAGAUUCCUGGCUACAACUUGGGUAUUCUAAGUUGGCAAAGAAAGGGAGUGGGAGUCGCUCUUUUCCUGUACUUGAGGCAAUCAGGAAAACACCUAGUUUUCUGUAUUCUUGAAACAAAUAAUUUUCUUCUAAAAUUGGCUAGAAAGAUCGUAUCUAGUUUUCUUCAUGUUCUAAGGGAGAGGGCAGCAAAAAGUGCUCCUACCUAUGGUGUAGAGCAGGCUUUGAAACAAUGCUGUGUGGAGCACAUUGAUAACAGGUUUUAAGGAAUUCCAGAUCUUGCAGAGGUAAAUUGUUUUCUUUCAUUUUGCAUUCAGAACCUGAAAUUGUCUGAAAUAUUGAUGAAAAACAGUCAGGAAGGUCAUAAGCUUUAUUUGCAUUUCCUUCCUUCUUUCUACUUGAAUUCAAAUCAGAUCUUUUCACUUUCCAUAAUGCUCCUCUUUUCACUCUCACCAGAAUCUUAUUUUAUUUGCCUAACACAGGCAUAAACCAGCAGAGCAACAGUGCAGGAUGGAGUGAAACCCAGGCUUACUUAUAGUAAAACUAGGGGUUAUCAGAGAACACCUGGAGAAAUUCCCCUCAUCUCUGCCAGUCGUGUGCAGCAUAGAAGACAGUGACCAGAUGGGGGAAUACACAGCUCAGGGAUAUGCAGGUGGAAGGAAGUAAAGGAACUGAGCUGACUUGGAGAAAAACUGGCAAAGAAAAAGCCCAUCCUGUCUUGUCUGCACGCAUGUUGUGUUUGCACAUGGAGACGCAUACGCAUGUGUCUGGAUUUAAAGCUUCCUCAGGCUUACAUUCUUUUUAGUAGUCAUUAUCCAGUCUAAUAGAUGUGUUUCUCUACAUUUUAAAUCAAUAGCUACAGAUUCAUGUACAUGCAUGUGAAAUGAAUGAGCACGUAUGUACUUAGGUGCAUGAAGGCACUUAUACCUGCCUAUUCUUUGCAAGGGGUCUUUUGGGAAUGUGGAUUUCUGGGAUUUACAGGCUCCCAUCAGCCCCU